CGUACAGAGCCCAGCUGCCCAAUUCCAAUAUGGUGGCCAGCUUGGCAGACCUACGGUUCUUGUUUAUAACGUUGUUGUUCUGCAGGAUCAAGCACGGUGCCUGCAGCCAGCAAGCCCCGCGGGUACUGGGGCUAAGACUGGAAGACCCAGAGGGUCUGGUGUGUAUGAAGGAGCGGAUCAUCUCAGCGCCACAGGGUGCCAAAUUCAAGCUUCGCUUGUUUGUGUCCGAUCUGUUGAAUGAAACCUGGCCGUGGGUUGCGUUUGCAGGGGCGAUCAGGGGUGAGGCCGGGGCAGUGGGAGACGCCGCGGACCCGUGCGAUCAAGAUACUCGCCGUGACGCAUCUGCGUUCCAAGUAACAGGGGAGUUCACGGCAGACGAGGAGAAUAGCGGACUCAUAACGGUGCAGGUACACGAGGAGAGCAGCUCUUCAACGGAAGGAGGAGGGUCAAAGGACGCGCCGAUAUAUCACCACCUAUGCGUUCUGACAGAAGGGAAAUGGGUAUCCGUGGGACCAGACAGACUUCGCAUAAACUACGACUCGGGUCUACCUCCAGAUUAUAUUCCUCCAUGGGGUCUUGCGGUGCUGGUGGUUGUGCUAAUCCUAAUCUGCGGGGUGUUCAGAACUCUGAACCUCAGUCUACUGUGGUUGGAUCCUCUAGAGCUCUACGUCCUGCAUAGCUGCGGGUCUGAGGAGGAGAAACGUGCCGCCAAGCGCUUGGAGCCUAUCAGAAGACGUGGAAACUUCUUGGUGUGUUCCUUGCUGUUCCUGUGUGCUCUUGGCCACUCGGUUCUAGGGGUUCUGUUCUACCAGGUCUUCGGUUCCGUGGUUCCUGCAGUGUUCACCAGCGGGAUCCUCAUCUUCUUCCUGUCUGAGCUAGUUCCCCACAUUGUGUGCUCUGGCUAUGGAUUCCAGUUGGCUCCUGCACUCACAUGGCUGGCCCAGCUGUGUAUGGUGCUGACCUGCCCCCUGUCUUGCCCGCUGGGCCUGGUACUGGACCUGGCCCUCAGGCGUGAUGUCAGCACUUGUGGCAUCAGGGAGAGGACCAUGGAGAUGAUCCGCACCAGCGUCAAUGACCCAUACAGUGAGUUUGUGAAGGAGGAGUUCAGCCGGGGCACGCUGCGCAGUAAGACGGUGGAGGACAUCCUGACCCCCCUGAAGGACUGCUUCAUGCUUCCCAGCACGGCCAUGCUGGACUUCUCCACCAUGUCAGAGAUCAUGCAGAGCGGAUACACGCGUGUGCCCAUCUACGAGGAGGAGAGGUCCAACAUUAUAGAGAUCCUCUACGUUAAAGACCUGGCUCUGGUAGAUCCGGAUGAUUGCACUCCCAUGACAACCAUCACCAAGUUCUAUAACCAUCCUCUGCACUUUGUAUUUAACGACACCAAACUGGACGCUAUGCUGGAAGAGUUUAAGAAAGGUAACUCUCACCUGGCCAUCGUUCAGAAGGUGAACAAUGAGGGGGAGGGAGAUCCCUUCUACGAGGUGCUGGGAUUGAUCACCUUAGAAGACGUCAUAGAGGAGAUCAUCAAAUCAGAGAUCCUGGAUGAGUCUGAUGGCUACAUGGACAUGAAGCUAAAGCGACCACUCGUUCCUGUGGAUAUCCCACUGGAGCCUCGGAGCGUACACGAAGAGUUCUCUAUCUUUAAAGUUCCUGAAGGGGAACCCAAAAUCCGCACCUCUCCCCAACUCCUUCUGGCCACACACCGCUUCCUGUCCAGGGAGGUGGAGCACUUCAGCCCAUGGCGUGUGUCAGAGAAGGUACUCUUCCAUCUGCUCCGUCAUCCCAGUGUCAACCAGGAAGUGCACUUUGACCCCUCCAACCGGCUUAGCCUGGACCACUACCUCUAUACACGCAACCACCCAGUGGAUUACUUCAUCCUGCUGCUGCAGGGGCGUGUGGAGGUUGAGAUCGGUAAAGAGGGGCUGAAGUUUGAGAAUGGGGCGUUUACGUACUAUGGAGUGUCCGCUCUCACAGCACCAUCUUCUGUGCACCAGUCUCCCAUGUCAACUCAGCGGCAUUCUCCCAGAGAUCCAUUUGAGCUGGGCGAAGCCACGAGCCCGUCCAGCUACUGUCCUGACUACACCGUCCGUGCUCUCACUGACCUGCAGCUCAUACGGGUGACCCGUCUGCAGUACCUGAAUGCUCUGAUGGCGUCCCGUGCGACCUACAGUCCUGACACACCCGAAAUAAAAAUCCUGCCCAACAGCCAGACCAAACUACUCAACGAGAGAAAUACAACACAAGAGUUCCCUGUCAACUUCUCAUUCUUUGAUACUAUUGAGAACUACUGUUAGUGUUUAAGUGCAUGAGGUGACAGUAAGGCCUGUGAGAGUUCCACUGAAGAGGAGGCCCAUGGGUAGUGGAGUUCUUCCUGCCCUCUGUCAAACCUGUGUGUCACUCCAGAUGACUAAGAGGACAGUUUUUAGGGUUAGACAUUUCUUUUUCUUUCUUUUUUUGACCAAAUAAUCUCCAGAACAUUGGUGAUUGAACCAAUUUAGAGUGAAUAAGUAUCAGUGUGGUUGAGUGUGUCUGCAGCACUGACACAUCACUGUUUUCAACCCCUCCCAUAAUUUCUCUGUAUAGUUUUCAAUAUACUCCAUUUUUAAGAUGUUCUGUUCUGCUGGUGUAGGUGUGGACUAAUUUGUGUGACGAUUCUUUUCCUUCCUAUUGGAAUAAGGCACUCCUCACUAAACAUUGUUUCUUUUUUUCUCUGCAUUGCCUGCCUGGUUGUCAAAACGAAUUUGUUUUCAAAUAUGUACUUCUAAUAAGUGUGUGUGGGGCAGGGGCAGCCAGGCAUGUCUUUUAGAGUAUAUUCAAGGUCCGUCCAUUUUAGGUUAUACAUCACACACCAAGUAGUCAAAACUGGUUUGCACCAACGUGUGCACUGUUAUUGACUUAAUACCACAAUUCUUUGGUACGUCCAAAAUUCAUUUUGCACAUGCUCACAUAUCAACAUGUAUAGCCAAAUAUAAAUAGUUGAUGUCGUUGUUUGUCUUCCUUCCAUUUAUACCAAUUACCCAUUUAUACCAAUUACCCAAUCAGUGCAAUGUUACUGUCUUAUGUAAAUACAUCACAGGUCAAAAGUGGACUUGUUACUUUUGGGUGAGGGCCAGUGUAUUGUGUAUUGCCACUGCACCCUUGUCUGUGUUUGCUUCAACCAAAUACUACAGCAACGAAGGGACUUGGAUAAAACACAGUAGAUCUACCCAGACAAAACUGACAUCCAGGCCCUUACACAGUGACUUACUGUAUAGUAAUGCAGUUGGUUCUAUGAAAAAUACAUUUAGGACCAAUUUUACACUCAACCUAUCCCAAUUUCAACACCAUUAUAAAUCUGAUAGAAGUAAAUAAGUACUUUUUUGCCCGUUUUCAUCCUGUCAGAUCUGUAUGAUGUGCCAAUUUAAGGUAAUUAGGGUCCCUUGGUCCUAAUUAUCUUGUCCAAUAACCUUGAUAGGGAUGCUUUAGCAUUGAAUUAACUUAUUCAUUCCUUUUGUUUGGCCAAGGAGAUCUAAGGUUGCCAUAGAGAAAGAAAUAGAGAAUGUGUGUGUGUGUGCAUGCGUGCAUGCACAAGCAGUUUAUGUCUAAAGCACCUUGUUAACUCUCAUCCUUGAUUUUCAAGUAGGCUGAGUUACAUUAUCAUUCCUGUGUGAUUUGUGAGUGAGUGAGUGAAUGAAUGAAUGUGCAUCCAGUCCUAACAGACUCUUUCAGGAAACAACCCAGGUUGCAGUGUUGCCAACCAUUUUCACAUGACUGGAAACCCACAAUAUAAACCGCUUGGUUUAGAAAAGUACCUUAUCCAGCGAUUUGGGUGUUUAGCAAUGUUUUAAUGGAGCAAAAUAGGGGUGUUCCUCCUAACUUCUCCAGCAGGCUAAUGGACGUUUCUCCAAACGUGUGUAUGGAGGUCAGCAUGUAACAUCAUCUUCAGGUCUUAUGAUCUCCUAUGGAAGAAUUGUAAUGUUUGUUAAUCGUAUAUGCUUAAUUGAGGGCAUACACUAAGAGAUCUGAAUAACCAUGCUGAUAAUAAGUAAAUAUUUUCCAGUGGUUUAAGCUUAACCAUGUUGUACUGUUGGUUCUGUUGUAUUAAGUUCAUUUUUAUUGUAUUGUAUGACAUGUAUAUUGUAAAAAAGGUAAUCACUAUUACGUGUGCUACUUUUACUGAUUGGGAGAAAUUUGGUUUUCUGAUUUGUUAGAAACUGUAUAUUAAUGUAUUAAUACUUCCAUUUAGAGAAUAUAAAUCAAGGAUUUAGUCUUAAACUUGUAGUUGUUAUCUUGGUUUUCAGAUAGCUUACAGCACUAGAAUUGAUACGAAAACACACAGCCAGCUGUUCUUCCUGGUUUGUAUAGCCCACAGUGCAGAAUUUCACUAUUUAGGAAGGCAGUUAUUGGUACAUCAACCACUUGUAGGUUAACUGUUCCUGAGGGAAUUAACUGGACUGAUAUUGCCAUUUUCUGAUGUUUAGUUCCCGAUGUUUGUUUCCUUCACUACGAGAAUGUGCCACUGCAAAAACGUAACUUUUAAUAAAUAAGGGUCAGUUUAUCA